GCUUAGGGAAGGCUAAGAAGCUGCUCAGUGCUAGUCAGUCAAACAUUGGGUUAGAUCCAUAACUGAGCUAAACAUGAGUACCAGCCAAGGCCCUUUUCAAUUUUUUUCUGGGUCCCUCAGGGGUAGUUCAGGGUGUGGUUUGGCCCAGCAAGGAACUUCUUACAGACCUUCAGGUGCAGAUGGUGGUGCCAGCAGCAUGCACACCUCUUUCUCCUCUGCCAGACCCCUCUGUCUGGCUGCCGGAGGAGAGGCAUCUUGGGGAUGCUUCGGCGAGCACCACAGGGAAAGCAUCUUCCUGGGUGGGAAUGAGAAACAGACCAUGCAAAACCUGAAUGACCGUUUGGCUGCCUAUCUGGACAAGGUCCGUUCCUUAGAAGCAGCUAACGCUCAGCUCGAAAGCUGCAUCCUAGAGUGGCACAAGACAAAGUCUCAUGGAGAGAGGCAUGACUUCAACCAAUACGAGCAAAACGUCACUGACAUGCAAAGACAGAUUGAGGAUGGCAAGAUCACCAACGCCAGCAUCCUUUUACAAAUUGAUAAUGCUAACAUGGCAUCUGAAGACUUCAGGCUCAAGUACGAAGCUGAGAAGACUCGCAGGCAGGGAGUGCAGUGUGAUGUUGAGAACUUGCGUAAGGAGCUCGACGGCCUGACCAUUGUUACAACAGAUCUAGAAAUGGAAAUUGAAGGCUUGCGAGAAGAGCACAUCCUCAGGAGGAAAGACCAUGAGGAGGAUAUGGAAGCAAAUCGCUCAUCACAGGACUUUAAAGUCAAUGUAAAAGUAAAUGCACCACCUCCUGAAGACCUAGCCAAGAUUCUAGCAGAAAUAAGAGAAGAUUAUGAAGCCAUAAUUGAAAAGAAUCGUCAAAGCCUCGACAGUUGGUACAAAGAACUGAGCUCAGCUGCAUCUCUGGCAGCAGUCCCUAAUCCAGAACAGAUACAGAGCAGUGAGAACGAGAUCAAGGAUCUAACCCGUACUUUACAGUCCCUGGACAUUGAGCUGCAGGCACAGAUGAGUAAGAAACACAUGCUGGAAGACACCUUGGCUGACACCCGGAAUUACUAUGCUGUUGCACUUCAAAACAUGCAGCAGAUCAUCUCCAAAUGUGAGGAAGAGCUAAGCCAGCUUCGUCAUGACAUCAAGCAGCAAAAUAACCAAUACAAAGUUCUUCUUGGGAUUAAAACACGCCUGGAGAAGGAAAUUUCCACUUACCGCCUGCUGCUGGAAGGGAAUGUAGACGGGAAAACAAAAAAAUCUGAAUCGAAAGCUAAAGAAUAUGCCGGGCUGACCAAUCGAAAGAUCAAAGCAAUUGUGCACGACAGCGUGAACGGGCAGGUGGUAUCCUCCACCGUCAACGAGAUCUACCAGCAAGCAUGAAGCAAGAAGUCCUGCCAGCUCCUGGCUCCCCCGGCGGGCUAACGCGCAGCCUCUGAGAACUCCCUUGUGCAACGCGUGCUGUGUGUUGGUCUUGGUGUGUGUGAAAAGGGGAUACUGUAGUGAGCUCACUCCUAAACUGACCUGCAGCCUACUGCUGAAAAGUGCCACACAGAGCUAGGUAGAACUGGUAUGUUAAAGGGCUUCUAGUCACCACAACGCUGAAGACAAACUACUCAAUGGAAAUGACUGUCUGAGUUGGUAAUAUAUGUAUUAUGCACUUCUCACCGGGGCAUGAAUCUCCAUCUGUGGUUCAUUUAUUGCUCUGCAAAUUAACUAUAAUUUAACGUGAAUAAUCUCUUAACUUCGGUCUUAUGUCUUUUAUCAUAUACCUCACUGCUGCCAAUAAACCCUUUUCCAUUACUUGUACUGU